UUGACCCUGCUUUGAAGUUCCCUAGCUCAAUGCAAGGAAAUCUUGGGAGUUGUAAUUGGACAAGGCUUUCCUUCCGCCUUCUCCCCAGGGAAGGAGGAAGGGCCCCGGAGGAAAGUAAACAUCCUGGGACGUUGCCUUCCUGCCCUUCCAAAAGAAGGCCAGAAGGGAAGGAAGAAGUCCCGCCCACGUGGCACUCCGGACGCCCAGGCAGCGAGGUGAGCGCCCAGGUGAGCCGAGGCAGCCAGAGCGUGGGGACGCCCAAUAGCCAGCCGCUCUGUCAGAAGCUGGGAGAGUCCUGGAGGUCUCACCUGGCUGACAGGUCCAAGAAAGCCAUGAAACCUCUGGCAUGCUCGCCUGAAUCCCACUUGAACUCACCUAAGUGUAGCAGCUGAUGUUGAGCUCUGAGUUCCCUUGAGCUUGUGCUGAUUGUUGCAAUGGCAACACCUUCCAGCUACAGCUUUAAUGUGAAAGAUAGACCAUUCUUGCCAAGGGACAAUGCCAGUGUGAGGAGUGAGGGACAAGUGCACGAACUGUUUCAUGAAGAAGCACAACAGGGUUCUCAACAGCACAACAGACCUUGGUGGAAGAUACAGCUUUUUGUUUGGGAACCUGUACUCUUUGGAACAUGGGAUGGAGUCUUCACCUCUUGCAUGAUCAAUAUCUUUGGAGUAGUUCUCUUUCUGAGGACUGGAUGGCUUGUUGGUAACACUGGCAUCCUAAUGGGUAUGUUUUUGGUAUCGUUCGUCAUCUUAGUUGCUUUUGUAACGGUUUUGUCUGGCAUUGGGGUCUGUGAACGGUGCAGCAUCGGAAGUGGAGGCGUUUACUCAAUGAUUUCUACUGUCCUUGGAGGCCAAGUUGGAGGAACCAUUGGGCUCCUUUAUAUUUUUGGUCAGUGUGUUGCAGGUGCUAUGUACAUUACUGGAUUUGCUGAAUCUAUCUCUGAUCUCCUGAGCUUCAGCAACAUUUGGGCAAUAAGGGGCAUCUCGCUUGCGGUCCUUCUGGGCUUGCUUGGGAUCAACCUUGCGGGAGUGAAAUGGAUCAUCCGCCUCCAGCUGCUGCUUCUCUUUCUGCUGGCUGUUUCCACUUUGGAUUUUGUCAUCGGAUCCUUCACACAUUUAGAUCCAGAUCAUGGUUUUGUGGGCUAUUCAGAGGUGCUUAUGGUGAACAACACAUUUCCAGACUACAGCCCAGGGGAGUCCUUUUUCACUGUAUUUGGAGUCUUCUUCCCAGCUGCAACAGGUGUGAUGGCUGGGUUCAAUAUGAGUGGUGAUCUCAGGAAACCUGCAGAGAAUAUCCCUAUAGGAUCCCUGGCUGCCAUAGGCAUUUCGUGGUUUCUGUACAUAGUCUUCGUUUUUUUACUGGGAGCUAUUUGUACUCGAGAAGCUCUUCGCUAUGAUUUUAUGAUAGCAGAAAAGGUGUCCCUGGUGGGCUUCCUAUUCUUGCUGGGUUUGUACAUUUCAUCCUUAGCAUCCUGUAUGGGUGGGCUGUAUGGCGCACCCAGAAUACUUCAGUGCAUUGCCCAAGAGAAAGUGAUACCAAGUCUUGCAUUUCUUGGACAAGGGAAAGGACCAAAUCGAACCCCAGUGGCUGCAAUCUGUUUAACAAGCCUGAUCACCAUGGCUUUCAUCUUCAUUGGUCAAGUGAAUACCCUUGCUCCAAUAGUUACCAUCAUCUUCAUGCUUACAUAUAUUGCGGUAGAUUACGCCUACUUUGCGGUCUCCAUGAGCUACAGUCUUCAGCAGAACUCCAGGCAGAUGCGGAGGGAGGACUCCAGGGUUGCGCUGAGCUGUUCUCGGCCUUUGAUACUCGACAAACCUUCCUGCUAUGGGUCAGAUGGCAUAGCUCAAGGCAGGUCGGACGGCACUUUGCUAGAAUUCACAAAAGACAUGGACCAUCUUUUUAAGCCUCUUGAUAAAGAUCCAGGAACCACUCUUGAAACCAAAGGGAAGGACUUUGGCCAGAUGGUCAAGCAGAGAAAGCAAAAGAAGGCAGCUAAACAGACAUUACAAGACAGCUUUCUCUUGGAUCUAGAUACUGAUGUUGUUUCUAUUCAGGAUACUGAUAGUGAUGUGCUGGAAUCCAGUGGCAAAAAUAUGCAGAGCUUUCCAGAGCCAAAUUGCCAGCAUGAAGAAAAUGCAUUGACACAUGAAACUGUAGAAACUAAGAAGAAACACAUCCAAGAUGAGGGCCAUAAUUCUGAUGAGACGCAGAAAACUCCCAAUCAGAAAACGGAAGAUUUAAAUGCAAAACGACGAAACCAAGAAUUAGAAAUCCAGAAAAUGCCAGUAUCCUUCUACUCCAAACUCUGCGAUCAUUGGGUUUCCCUUGUUGGUGCAAUAGGAUCACUUGCCAUUAUGUUUGUCAUUCAGUGGAUAUAUACCCUUGUUAACUUGGGAAUAGCCAUUAUUUUGUAUUUCUACAUUGGUCAAGUGAGUCCAGGGCUACCACCUGGUGCAGCAGCCAACUUUAGUUUUUUCAAAUGGAUUAAGCUACUUUUAUUUAAUGCCUGCAGGGGAAGGCCAUCCCCGGAGGAACGAUUUGUUGUGACACCAUCCUUUGCAACAGUUGGCAUGGAGACCACUCAGCUCACUCAAGAGAAUACAGAUUUUGCCUCCCGGGACCGCUACCACCAUUCCUCCGUUAUUACCAGAGAAGAGUUUAUUAAAUAGCUCCAAUGAGGGAGCAGCAUGCCAUUGACUCUACUGGCCAAUUAAAAACUCUGACCACAGACACACCGCCUGAUUAAAAGGCUUGCCCUUUUAUGUCUGAUUUUAAUGAAUACCAAAACCUCCAAUUAAAGUGGGGGCUCAGCAAAAGAGAAGGGAAUAAACAACAGGCCUCCGUGCCACGGAUCCAAAACUCUAUUCUGUUUUUUGAAAUACAAGAAGUUUUAAGUCCUUUGCAGAACGUGGUAUGCGAGUGUAAGUGUGUCCUAUUUUCUGUAUGUAUGUGCACACACACACACACACACACACACACAAUAUUUUCUGCUGUUGUUGCAGAUGGUUCAUACAACAUUCCAAAUUUAUUUUUUAGUGGAAUUAAAUUAUCCAUAGAAAGAAGAUGCAGGCCAAAUAAGCAUGCAAGGAGGACGAGAGAAAGGGAAGCAAUGGCAGCAUUCAGGUAUAGA